GUACAAGGUCAACGCAGCCAUCUACCAGGAACUUUUAGACCACGUCAUGCUUCCUCCUGCUGACCAACUUAAUGGAGAUGCAGAUUUCAUUUUCCAACAGGACUUGGCACCUGCACACAGUGCCAAAGCCCCCAAACUCAGUGAAGGUCUUCGUCCUGAGCCGCAGGCGCCAGAGCCUUCUCACAUUAAAGAGGAAGUGGAGUCGCAGUCCUCUGACGUGAAAAAAGAGGAAGAUGAAGAGCGCCUCCACAUCAAGGAGGAGGAAGAAGAGCCCCCCCACAUCAAACAGGAAAAAGAGGAAGGGCUUUUCACCAAGUUGCCAUGGACUGGUGUCCCUUUGAAGAGUGAAUAUGAAGGUCAAAGUGAGGAGAGCAGAGGGGCGGAGCCUCUAAGCAGCAGCUCAAGUCAACACAUGACAACCGAAGGCGAUGGGGAAGACCACUGUGGAGGAUCACCAGCAGACGGCCACUUAGCUCCACUGUCAGAUAGUGACGACCUCAGGUCACACUCUACUGACGAUGAUGCUGAGCAGUCGGAAGGUGAUCUGACAUGUCACACUGACAACAAACGAUGGAGAUGUCCUCAGUGUGGGAAAACUUUUGCUUCGAAGAGGAAUUUGAAACGACACAUGACAAUACACACUGGCGAGAAGCCUUUUGCCUGCUCCGAUUGCGGUCAAAGAUUCUCUGAGAAGGGAAACUUAACAACACACACAAGAAAACACACUGGUGAGAAACCUUUUCCGUGCACAGAUUGCGGUCAAAGAUUCAUUUGCAAGGAAAGCUUUAAAAUCCACACAAUAACCCACACUGGUGAGAAACCUUUCGCCUGUUCAGAUUGUGGUCGAAGUUUCUCUCGGAAGGGAGACUUAAAAAAACACACAAAAAUCCAUACUGGUGAGAAACCUUUUGCCUGCUCAGUUUGUGGUCAAAGAUUCUCUGUAAAGAGUAACUUAAAAUGCCACACAAGAACCCACACUGGUGAGAAACCUUUUGCCUGCUCAGUUUGCGGUCAAAGAUUCUCUGUAAAGAGGAGCUUAAAAUGUCACACAAGAACCCACACUGGUGAGAAACCUUUUGCCUGCGCAAUUUGUGGCCAAACAUUCUCCCAGAAGGGAAACUUAAAAAUCCACACAAGAACCCACACUGGUGAGAAACCGUUUGCCUGUUUAGUUUGUGGUCAAAGAUUUGCCCAAAAUGGAAUCUUAAAAACACACACACUAACCCACACUGGUGAGAAACGUUUUGCCUGCCCAGAUUGUGGAAAAAGAUUCUCUCGGAAGGGAGACUUAAAAAUACACACAAGAACCCACACCGGUGAGAAACCUUUUUCCUGUUCAGUUUGUGGUAAACAAUUCUCCAUUAAGGGAAGCUUAAAGUCACACAAAAAAGCACACACUGGAGAGAAACCUUUUGCUUGCUCAAUUUGCGAUCAAAGAUUCUCCAGAGAGGGAAACCUCAAAACACACACAAGAACCCACACAGGUGAUAAACCUUUUACCUGCUCAGUUUGUGGUCGAAGAUUCUCUCGUCAGGAUCGGGCCGAGACGCACAAGUGUGCAGGUGAGAAUCGUGGUGCUCAAGAAGCUUUCCAUGGAAAUGCUGGGUUAUUUGAUUAGCUUUCAUUCACGGAAUCAUUUCGGAAAAGCAACCAAGGAUGAAGCCUACCAUUAAGGCGUAGGGUGACGCCAUGGCUUUCCAAAACAGAAACAUAGUUCAGCAAAAAAAAAAAUCCUCAAAAGCACCAACACAAAUUUCAACAUCUUACAGAGUGGAAUUAAAUUGGCACUGGAAAACUAAAACAUUUUUUUGUAACUAACAAAAAGCAAGCUUUGCAGAAAUUUGUCCCGAAAGUUACAAUAUGAAUCCAAGUUAUUUUGUUUCUAUCGGCAUUAUAUAUUUUUUCGCUACUUUAGUUUUAGACAUACUUGUAAAAAGCGCCCAUUUUCAGGUCAUUGUCCUCGUCAUUCCAGAAAGUAACAGAGACACGUCUCGUGCCCCUUUUUUAGAGUACGGGUUAGGGUUAGAUCAUCCGACUCGCUGAUUUCAAAUCGAUUUUUAAUACCGCGGUGAAGUUAAUUCUUGCGUACAUUAUUAGUAUUAUUUUGGGGAUGAUUUGAUUGUACAUUAUUUGUGCUAUUGCAUGUUUCGAUCAAUGAAUGAUUCUUAUAGCAGUAAAGUGUGCCGUAUGCAACGAUUUCAUCGACGGAACACGGUUGAUUUUCCAGAAGGUCGCUCCGGUCGGUGACAUUUUGUUUCCUUACAUUGUCUCUACGUGGCUUCCAACCGGGCUCGGCAUCGAUAGUCAUGCCAAGAAAUGUAUUAUUAGAUACUUUUUCCAUCUCAACGGAAUGUACAGUGGUUUUAACCGGAGGUCUGAUUUGUUUCGUGCCCAAAAUGAUCCAUUUUGUUUUGUUGCAAUUUAAUGGGGGUUUAUUUAUAUUAAACCGGACUCCAAUGAAUUGUCGGCCGGGCAUGUUGCGAAGAGCAAUAUUGUUUAGGGGGGGCCGGUGAUCAGUUUGGCUUCACCAUUCGCACGUCUUACCAAAUGUUUUGGGGUGGCCUCAAACUUAAAACAUCUCAACCCUAAAAUAGGCCCAACCGCGCCACUGGAUUACAGAUUCAUCGGAAUGGUUGUACUCGUCGCCCGAGAAUACUUUUCACGAAUACACAAAUAGCAAUAUCAAAACAAUCUGGAUUUGUUUUCUUUUUGACUUUUUACAAUAUCUAGUAGUUAUCAUUUAGACCUUUUAAUAAACAGGAUUUUAUAUAGAUAUAUAUAUUUUGGCACUGGUAUUUCUUUUGCUCGGUCACAACCAAUUUGGACAAAAAGUUAGUAAAUUAGCGAUCUCUCAUUUUUGUCAACAAGGUGGAUGGAUUUGAUCUUUUUUAGAAUACUCUACAUAUUCUUUUUUUUUUUUUAAAUAAAUGCAGCUCACUGUUAUAUUAGUUGUGUGUCUAACAUAUCUUUCAAUAGUUGAACCUUCCAUUCCCUUUUUAUGGUGUCAGUACUGUGUUCAAUCUGGUCUACCCACAUUGAGCAACACCACCCUUUUUUUUUAUUGUUAAUAAUUCAUAUCAUCCAAUCCCAUUUCACAUGCUUUCUCUUGGUUCAGCCAGGUUUCUGAUAUUGCAAUGAUAUUAAAGACUAUGAAUUGAUUCAGAUAAUCUUCAAGUGACAGGCUUCUACUAUGAAUGUGUAUGAUAGAUAAUGCUUUUCCCAUUUUUGGGUUCAUGUUUUAUAGCCAAGGUAAUAUUGGCAAAAAUCUACGUCUUUGUAUUCUGUCCUAACACGUUUAUCUUUCAUGUUGUCUUUGUAUUUCUAAAGGCUUCCUGUGGACAAAUGUUGAAAAUGAGUCCGAGUGCCAAAAGACGAAAUCAAUGUGUUAGUGAUGCCAAUAUCAAAUAAGCGAACGAUUGAUAGAAAUAGAUUGUCAAGAAACUUUGACUUUUGGCGGUAACGUGUACGGUAUAUAUGAUCCUUCAUAAAAGACCCUUCUUCAGUUGUCUUGUACAUAAAAUACAUUUUGUCUUCCACCCCUUGGAAAGCAUCCAGAAAUGCUGACAAGACAAAGCCAAAAAUAGCCCAAGUCCAAACUUGGGCCUGAAGUCGAAAUGGCCAAUAAAGACUGACAAAUAUUCUACGUUAUAUUUUCCUGGAGGGUGCCUUUGAAGUUAUAAUAGUAAUAGUGAAAAAUGGACAGUCGGGUUCGCUGAGGUGCAGUCGUUC